UUUACAUUCAUAUAUUUACUUAUUACUUCAUAUAUGUAGGGAUAUAGAUUUCAUUUUUUUUUAUUAACCUGUUUUCAUAUAAAGAAAGAAAUAAUUCUUUGAAAUGGCUAUUCUUCACGAUGAGGAAUAUUAUCGGAGUAGAAUACCUGAACCGGAUUUAGGAGCAUUUCAAAAUUUUAUACAAUUUGUUUGGAAUCCAGAGAGAAAACAGAUACUCGGCAGAAGUGGAAAAGAAUGGGCCUUACUGGGAUUCUUCUACUCGUGCUUCUUCAGCGUAUUAGGUUCUCUCUUUGCGUUACAAAUGUGGAUCAGUAUUGAUUAUGCUUCGAAAUUGGAUAAGCCAUUUUUUCUUUAUGCCGGUUUGAUACCUAAAUCUUAUUUUGGCAAUAAUUUUCCGCUUUUUCGCCAAUUAGAUUUUGGUAGCCCAGGAAUUAGUUUUAAACCGAAUGUUUUGUUGCCCACGACAUCUCCUAUUAUCUGGGUGAAUAAUUCGAGUUCAAACGCGCGACCAAAAAGAUAUAUUCAGGCUUUGAGUGAUUUUUUAGAAGAAUAUAAUAAAAGCACAGAAAGUUACAAAACGGCUGUAGAAUGUAAUGAUACAGCAUCGAAUACGUCCGAUAUAAGACCUUGUUUUUUCAAUAUUGAGGAUCUUGGCGUUUGCGGAAAACCUCCAUAUGGAUAUACAAAUCCCCUUCAACCGUGUAUUCUUAUCAAGUUUAAUAAGAGAUUCGAUUGGAUACCAAUUUACUAUAAUAAAUCCUCUCAUUUGCCGGAAAACAUGCCAAGUGUUUUACAAGAUGUUGUGCGAUCUUCAAACAAGAAUCAAAUCUGGUUAUGGUGCGAUGGAGCCAAUAACGUUGAUAAAGAGCAUGUCGGAAAAAUUGAUUAUUUACCGAGUCCUGGCUUUCCUGUGCAAUAUUUUCCUUUUAUGGGACAACCGGAUUAUUUGGCUCCAAUGGUUGCGCUACAAUUUAAAAAUAUUACACCAUUCAGACUGGUGACGGUGGAAUGCAAUUUGUGGGCGCUCAACAUAAAGAAAGAAGCGCAUAGUGCAUUGGAUUUCCAGAUAUUUCUGGGGGAACCGUAGAAGAUG